CUGACACGCGUUGGACGACUGCAACACUACCAAAGCCAAUGGUUCUCCGAGUAUGAGGGUCGGAAUGAGGCCCGUUGGACGACUUUCACUCAGCAGAACGAUGCGCGUUGGACGUCGUUCGUGGAGUCCAACGAUGCACGUUGGACGUCGUUCGUGGAGUCCAACGAUGCACGUUGGACGGAGCAGACUAGGAGAUGGAACGAGUUUGUUCAGGGCAAUGAGGCGCACUGGACAGCCCACGACAGCCGAUGGGACACCUGGGCGGACCAACAGUACCAGCAGCUUCACGCCAGGCCCGUUCUAGCACCACGUUAUAUCGAUUGGGAAUACUUCAACGACGAGCUCGAGACCGGUGACGAGCGCUACAUCAGGUUGUUCGAUCUCGAGGAAUUCGAGGAUACAGAGGCAUAUGCUUACCGGUAUUUGACGCUAGAGUUCUUCAGCACAGUCGCCACACACGAAAAUGGGAAGUACCUCACGGCACGACUUAAGGGCACGGAAUAUAAAAUCACCGACAAGGUGUUGCGCGACAUGUACAACUUCGAUCCCUCCAUCAAGUCACGCCACAGCCCCAUGGGAUUCAAGGUUGAUCCGCAUUGGGCGGUCAUCUCCCCCUGCGAGACAUACAAGAAAUCGGGGUCGUCUUCGGGUCUAAUCAGCGACUUGGCACAUGUGGUGAUCCACAAUUACAUCUCGCAGAUGAUCUUCGGCAAGAAGGAAUCAAACAAGUACCUGAAGGACACCUUGUUCGACAUACGCAACGACACGAGGCGUGGUCCGAACUUGGGCCAUGUGGUGUCUAAGCUAGCAGAGUACUUUGGGGUCAAGACCGACGAACCCCCAAUCCGGGCCAAACUGAUUUAUCAGAAGGACCUCGGGCACCCCGGCUACCUGAUCAACCCACACACUCCGAAGCCCGUCACCAAGCGGGCCAGCUACAAUGCCUAUUGCGAGGAAAUGGCCGGCCCAGCCGAUGAGAACCCUAAUGAUGAGGACGAGGACGAGCUCGACGCCAACAGACACCCCACCCGCAAGAUCAUUCAGCCCCCUCCCUUGAUAGACGCGCACACGGGUGCGUCUUCCCAAUUAGCUGCUCCGGUUUGGUUCUCCGCGUAUGAGGCUCGGAAUGAGGCCCGUUGGACGACUUUCACUCAGCAGAACGACACGCGUUGGACGUCGUUCGUGGAGUCCAACGAUGCACGUUGGACGUCAUUCGUGGAGUCCAACGAUGCACGUUGGACGGAGCAAACCAGGAGAUGGAACGAGUUUGUUCAGGGCAAUGAGGUGCACUGGACAGCCCACGACAGCCGAUGGGACACCUGGGCGGACCAACCGUAUCAG